AAAGCCUCAAGGAUUGUUAAUAAGUGCGGACCUAAGCUUGUCGAAUCAGUAGUUGUUAUAUUAAAAAAUUAUUGGUUUUUCAUGACAAGUUUUCCCUGCUUUAUUCACAACAACUGCCAGAUAGAUGAUUGUGCCGACCUAUCAAAGAUUGAACACCAAGAAAAGACCGGAGCUUUUAUCAGAAGAAAAACACAAUUCAAUCAGAGGAAACAGAUUCGCGUUUCUUGA